AUGAACCAAGUGGAUAGUGUAUCGCAUCAAUUGAUGAUAUUUGCUGGUAUUACAAUGUACAUCUUCGGUUCAAUUGGAAAUCUCUUAAAUAUUUGUGUUUUUGCAAUAUGGUCUCGUUCAAAGAAAAAUUCAAAUAAAUAUUCUCGUUCACAUCAAACAUGUAAUAGUUCAUUAUAUCUACUUGUUUCAUCAAUCGCAAAUCUACUUGUUAUUAUUUAUCCAUUAUUUACACGAAUUAUGCUCGAUGGUUAUAAUUAUCAAAUCACAAAAGAUAAAAUUUUUAUUCGUUGUAAAUUACGUUAUUAUAUUUUACAUACAUGUGACUUAAUUUCGUUAACAUGUAUUUGUUUAGCUACAUUUGAUCGAUAUUUAAUAUCAUCUCGAGAAGUUCGUUUGAGAAAAUUAAGUACAACACGAAGACGAACGAAAUUAAUUAUUCUUUUUCUUAUUGUUCUUCUUUCGUUACACAGCUUACCGAUUUUGAAAUAUUACACAGUUACAGAAGAAGGAUUUUGUACAAUUGUAUCAGUUGCUUAUUUAUAUUAUUAUUUAUAUAUCUUUCAAAUCUUUCUUCAUGGUCUUUUACCGAUUACAUUUCUUUCUAUAUUUGGUAUUUUAACCUUCAAACAAUUGAGAAUUCUUAAUAAAAGAAAACUUCAUUCGAAAACAAUCAAAAGUGAAAGACAAUUAUCUCGUAUGCUUUUAUUAAUUUCUUUAACAAUUAUUUUAUCAUCAAUUCCAUAUUGUAUUGAACAAUCGUAUCUUGUGUUAAUUAAAGGAAAGAAUCGACAAUUAACAUCAUUUUUCUAUCUUUAUCAUGUUACAUGUUCUCUUUUAUUUUAUACAAAUCCGGUAAUGAGUUUUUACAUAUAUUAUAUAUCGACACGAAAUGUUCGUUUACAAAUUCGAAAGAUCUUUUGUUGUGAACAGAAUAAUCAAUAUGUUAUUAUUUACAAAGUUAAACCGAUAACACCUACAUCGGAUAUUUUCCGUCGACCAAUAUUUUCAAAUUAA